GCUUGAAGGAGUGAGGUGGUGACUGGGGAGACACAUGCGCCCACGGCGUUCCUAUUGGUUUAUUUGUGACGUCAUGAGACGGGGGAGUCGGCCCCGCACUUUAUAAAAGCGCCGCUGCGCGCGCCGAGCCCACUCUCAGGAAGAGCGCCGAGGCUGAAACUUAUCGCUAGAAACAGACAGACAACCCGCUGACUUAUCACCAUGAGCGAGAGACAAGGAACUGGAGCAGCUGCUGACAACAGCAAGACCUCUGGAGGAAAAGAUGAGUCCAAGACGGACGUCCCAGAAGACUUUGACAUCGACAUGGACGCCCCAGAGACCGAAAAGGCGGCGGCCAUCAUCCAGUCCCAGUUCAGGAGGUUCCAGAAGAAGAAGCGUGACGAGAAGUCCUAGUGAGCGUCAUUCCGCUCUGUCGCCUCGUGCUGUGAUGGUGGGCCGAGGCGAAAGCUCGGUGGAGCUGGUGUGACAUUUGCAUGUAAACAAAUUCAUACCUGUUGAAGGUCUGGGGCUUAUGAAGGGGGUUGGGAGGGCAAAAGGGAAAUUAAUUAGCCUGUUACUCAUAUAUGUCUGUGAAUUCUCAUUAUUCUGUUAUUGUUACUAAUAUUCAUCAUUUUGACGGCUGUAUCAACAAAAUCCUGAAGAGGUGAUAAAGUUCUGCUAAAUGUGUUCCAUAGAUGCUGAGUUCCAGCAGGUUUUUGUGUUAGAAUGCGUUUUUGUACUUGUCCUUACAGUCCCACCAUCCUCUCCUGUACCAGGACGGUUCCCACAAAGGCUGUUUUCUGAGUAAACGGAGGGAGAGCUGACCUUAAAGGUGUUUUUCAGGAAACUUAGCCUUGAACUUUUCAUUCACAUAGAAGCAUUUUUCUUACCUGCAUGAUGCUAUGAAAAAACUGUAUUAAUGUACAUUGAAUAAAUUGAUGAAAAAAAACUGUGGAAACUGUUU